AUUGGAUCAGUCUUUAUCUAUAGCUCGAUAUGUGUUUUAGUAUUAUUAGUUUUAAAUAUUUUUUUCAAUAAUACACACCUCUAUAACGAUGCUUAUAAAAGUAUCUAAGUAUUUUAUUUUAACAAUAUUUUUUACUAUAAUCAAUGCUGAUAAACCCAUAGUGGAUACAACACAUGGAAAAAUACAAGGAAAAACCCUACAAACUUUACUGAAAAGAAUGGACUAUUAUGGAUUCAUGGGAAUCCCUUUUGCAAAACCUCCUAUAAAAGAUUUGAGGUUCUUGCCACCUCAACCUAUUGAGCCAUGGGAUCACUUACUAAUCGCUACAAAAGAAAAACAAGCAUGCAUUCAAUUCAACAAUAAUGUACUGAAGGGUCAACCUCUAGGACAAUAUGGCUCCGAAGAUUGCCUCUACCUUGACAUAUUCACCCCGAAAACGGACGAAAAAAAGCGCGCGGUCAUCGUUUUCCUUUACAAUGAACAUUUUAUGGGCUCUUAUAACAAAACAAAGGAUUAUUCACCAGACUUUUUUAUUGAAGAAGACGUAAUUAUUGUCACAGUUAGCCAUAGAUUGUCUGUGUUUGGUUUUUUAUCAUUAGAGGACGAUAUUGUGCCCGGUAACGCUGGUUUAAAAGAUAUUGUCACUGCAUUAGAAUGGACAAAGAACAAUAUUUAUAAAUUCGGAGGUGACCCAGAUAAAAUUACAUUAAUGGGGUGCCAAGGUGGUGCAGUAGCUGUAGACCUAUUAAUCCACUCCAAAUCCAAACGUUUGUUUCACUCCGCAAUUUUACAAAGUGAAACUUCGUGGAGUUCCAUUUAUUUACAAGAUAACGUCCGAGAACGAGCAAUAAAAUUAAGCGAAUUGCUAGACUGGAAAUCUAAUAGUAAUUCUAUAUUACUGAAAUCCCUAAACGAAGUUCCGGUUUCAAAUAUAUUAUUAAAAGUGCAUCACGCAAACACGCAGGAUUACUUCAAAGAGAAUCAAAGGAGUUCAGUAACGUUCAGUCCUAUUGUGGAAAAGCAACCCGAUGGGCUUAUAACAGGAUAUCCCGAAGAUAGUUCAGAAAAAAUAGACAUCCCCAUAAUGAUUGGAUUGAAUUCUCGAGAGGGAUUACACCCGGCAGUAGAAUAUCUUCUCGAGCCGCGUUACCUUAGUUUUGUCGAAAAGGACUUCCCUUUCUUAAUUCCUAUCAGAACAGGGUUUAGGUUCAACCCAUUACAUGAUAGUUUUUAUGAAGCAGUCGACGAAAUAAAGAAAUUUUAUUAUAAGAAAGGAAAAGUUACAGUUCGUAGCGUUAAUGAUCAUAUUACAUAUUUAGGUGAUGCAUUGGUAGGAUAUGCAGUGGAUCGAGCGGUGAAAUUUUAUGCGGAGCGAACGUCGAACUCAUUAUUUUAUUAUUACUUUGACUACUAUAGUAAUUUGAAUGAAAAUAAAAACAAUCUUAUGAAACUGUCGACUUUGUCAGAGGGUACGUGGGGGGCAGCUGCAGGAGAUGAACUUUGUUAUUUAUUUUACUGUCCCGAUUUGAAACAACAAUAUUUGAAAAACAACCAAUCAAUGUCUGAAGAAUUUAUUAUACAAAGAAAAUUAAUCAAAUUGUGGACUAACUUUGCGAAAUACGGGAAUCCCACGCCAGUCGGUGAUGCAACUCUCGAAGGCUUGAACUGGCCGGUUUACAACAAAAAUACGAAGAAGUAUCUGAAUGUAGGAAAGCUGAUAGAAGUGAAAUCUGAAUUACUCAAAGAGAGGUUUUCAUUCUGGGAUGAGUUCUUGAUAAAAUGGGAAAAGGAAGUCAGGAACAUACAAAUUUUAAGAGCAAUAGAUGACGAAUUGUGACAAGUUAUUUUUUUAACAAAUUCAUUACUAUUUAAGUUUUUAAAUACAUAUAUUUGAUAAAUUUUGUAUUCACAGUAUCAUAUGUAUAUCUAUUAUUAUUUGCCUUAAGAAAAAUAGUUAAAUCAUCCACCAGUCUCAGAUUAUAGAAGACUGAAUUCGACUUGUGAAUUGUUUUAAGCUUUAAAUAAAAGUAUUUAACACGAAAGGAUCUUACUAUUUACAAAUCCGAAUUAUUACUACUUUUAACGAUUAACAAUAACAUUAUUUAAUGAAAUCA